AUGAAGUUCAACCCCUUCGUUACCUUGGACCGCAGCAAAAACCGCAAACGCCACUUCAAUGCGCCCUCCGUGCGCAGGAAGAUCAUGUCUUCCCCCUCCAAGGAGCUGAGGCAGAAGUACAACGUUCGCUCCAUGCCCAUCCGCAAGGACGACGACGUCCAGAUGGUUCGAGGACACUACAAAGGUCAGCAAAUUGGCAAGGUAGUCCAGGUGCACAGAAAGAAGUAUGUCAUCUACAUCGAGCAGGUGCAGCAUGAGAAAGCUAAUGGUACAACUGUCCAUGUGGGCAUUCACCCGAGCAAGGUGGUUAUCACCAGGCUAAAGCUGGACAAAGAUUGGAAAAAAAUUCUCAAACGAAAAUCUCGACAGGUCGGAAAAGAGAAAGGCAAAUAUAAGGAAGAACUUCUUGAGAAAAUGCAGGAGUGAACAUAACCUGUUGUGCAAGCAUGGUUUACCUGUAGACCUUUAGCCUGGUGUGUGUUCCUUUGAAACUUUUCAAGAUGUCUGCCAAACAUUUCCUCUUCUUCAUGUUUUGCUGUUGAUAAUGUAGCUUUGUAAAUCUGCUUUUGCUGUUUUGAUUAAUAAUUUUUAUGAAUAACAGUUGAAAAGGUUUCCUGAUUCCAAGGGGAAUUUGCAUUGUUUUAUAGAUAAAAUUCAUCUAACUAUAAA